AAAGAUAUUGACUGUGAGUAUCAAUAGUGUCAUUAUUCAUUAUAAAUAUUGCCUACCCACAACUGUAGUUCCAACUGAUUCAAGCAUUAGUAUAUAAGUAUAUAAGUACCUACGCAUAUUCAAAAAUAAUAUUGGGAAUUUUUUGUGAGUAAAUGGAAGUGUUUAACAAAUUUGCAGGUAAGUUUAUAAACUUGUAUAACAGAUGAAAUAUAUAAUAGGUACUGUGAAUACAUAUAUAAAUAUAUCAUAUACAAAAAUUUACAAAAUUUACUUAUUAGUUAAUGGUAUAUACAUUGAUAUUUUAUGAGUACCUAACCAUCUGGUUAGGUACAAAUUACCAUGAAAAAUUAGAUCGCAAAUUACUAUGUUAAUAUAUAAAUAUAUUAUAUACAUACCUAUUUUAGAUUCUGAGUGUAGCGAAGAAUUUAUUGAUUUAACAAAGAUGUUUAUUUUUUUAUAAUGUGUACAAAAAUUCUACUAGAAAUUUUACUCCAAUGUAUACGAUGUAAACUCUUUUCUAAAAGGAAAUUUUCUUGGGGUGGUAUAUUAAGCAGAUUAUUUUUCAAUUUUCUAGGUAGUUUUCCCAAUAAAAGAGAAAAAUGCGAAAAAACGUAAGAAAACGGGAAAUUUACGAAAAUAAUGCUUUUUUUUAUUUUUGAAAUUUUGUUAUUUGAUGUAAUUCAGUUAAUAGUGUUCGUAGAAACUUGAAAUUUGGAUAGAAAACUUAUAUUUGCCUUUUGUAGACUUGGUAAAAUGUAUAGAAGUCAUUUUUGAGCUAUUGAUAGGCAUUUUAAUUUUGAGUUUUGUACGCAAUUUUUAUUUGGUAGGUACUCUGUGAUAAAAUUGUUAGACUUAACAGAAAUGCUUGAAAAUUUAACAGGAGGUUUAUUAAAAGUCUUACUUUGUAGUCAAAAAUGAAAAUUUGAGUUUAAUGAAGUAUUUUUUUUAUAAUGACAUUUUAAUAUCAAAUAUUUUGAGUAAAAAAUUAAGUGGAACAGAUCUAAUUGUUUAUUUUUUUGUAUUGAACAUAUAUAUAUGGUCGAUUUAAGAGCGAUGGUGAAGUCAAACUUGAGCGGACUGACUUAAUUUUGAAAUUUUGGUUUUUUGAAGUUCUGAUAUUAUGCGAAUAGUAUAUGUUAUGUUAAAUAACUCUGCAUUGUCAUUUCUAGAGUAUGUUUGACGUACUCGAAUAGUUUAAUCCUAAGGUUCACGAGUUCAAACCCAUAUUUAAAAAAAAAAAAUGUUUUACGUUUGUGUAGCAAUUUUUCUGAAGAAAAUCGGAUUGGAGAGUUACUUUAAAAAGCUCAUUUUUCAAUUUUCCCUAGAGUAGUAUACAUAAUACAUAAUAAUUAUUCGGAGUCGGAAACAAUACUUCGCGUACGGCGUCGGUGCGGAGAAAGAGCGGAGAGAUGGUCACAUCGUGAUGAGCGGAGCUGUGGACGAUGACCGCUGAACGCCGACGGCGAGGGGCGUGGCCGACGUCCGCCGAGAGCGACGCGCAGUGGGAAAAAGAAAUGUGGCGCGAAACCCGCCACAGUAUCUACCACGGUUAUCUAGAUAACCGAUAGAUAACAGUAGAUAACCGUGGUAUCUACUAAAUAUAUUUCUUAUGUAUAUGAUAAUAAUUAACAUGACUUAAAAUUAAAACUAACUAUGCACUAUCUUUUUUUUUCGGAAAAAACCAAAACUAUCAAAGAACUUCAAACAAAUGCAUACAAAAAACAGUUGAUGAGACGGGAUAUGAUACCCUCAUCACCCUUCCCCCCCUCGUGACCACGACCCUGUACGAUUAUAAUAUUAUUGUGGUUACUAUUAUUGUAGCAGUUACAUUUCCUAUGCAUAUAUCAAUUAUCACUUAUCACAACAAAUAUUAUGACGUUUUGAACUCAUUUUUCAACUCGUUUUGUUAACUCAUAAAAUAAUACAUUAUUUUGAUUUUUUCCACGUCACCUAAAUAUAUAAAAAGGACUAUUAUUUAUUGGUGUUUUUGUCUUUUCAGUAUUGCUAAUUAUUAUUUCAUUACAAUUAACAACAUUUACUAAUAUGGCAUCUAAGUUGGUUAAGAUGGUAACUUUUAACAACGGCCAAUUAUACCCAAUCUUAGGUUUGGGGACAUGGCAGGUAACAUUUAUGAAUACUGGUAUUCAUUGUUUGAUGAUUAAACAUAUUAUAUUGCGAAUGACAUAGAUAUUCAUUUUUCUAGGCAACAGCUGUACUUAAUGAAUCUCAACAAUCUGCAAUUGUUGACUCUGUAAAAAAAGCAAUUGAUAUAGGUUAUCGUCAUAUUGAUUGUGCUACCAUUUACCAAAACGAAAAGUCUGUCGGUAAGGCUAUAAAUGAUAAAAUUGCAGAUGGAGUUAUUAAACGUGAUGAAGUAUUUGUUACCAGCAAGGUAUUGGUUACAUGUUUUUAUUUUAACAAAUAUUUAUAUUGAAAAAUCUAUUUAAUUCAAUAUUUGUCAUUGUUAAAAAUAAAUAAUUUCAUUUUUGUUCAGUAGAAAUUCAAAAAUAUGUUAAGUUAAAUGGGUAUCAUAAUGCACAUAAAAUACAUUAUACAAAAAAAAAAAAAAUAAUAAUUUUAUUGUUUGAAAUUCAAAUUAUAUUUGAAAAACAUAGACAUAGGCUUUAUAAAGUACAAAAUUAAUUAAAUUUACUCAUAAUUGAGACCAGGGUCUGUAAAUUGGUAAUGCGGCUGGUUUCAUAAAUUAAUUAUAAUAUUAUUGUUCAGCCCUUGUUGGUUUGAAAGCCAGUCCAAUCCUAAAACUAUAAAUCAAGAGUGUCCAACCUCUUGUAAAGACUGGGUCGCACCAUGAAAGUAGAAGUUAUUGUGGACCAUAUACAUUUUAUUUAUAAUUAAAAAAUAAUAAUUUUUAUUGUUUUAGUUACAUUUAUUUAUUUAUCGCUGGCGGAUCCCAAUAAAAAAAAAACUUUCAUAUAAUAGUAUAUAGGUACUAUUAAGUAAUUUAAAAUUUAUUUAAUUUUUAAUAUUUUGUAGUUUUAUUUUCUUAAAAUCCACUUUUUUCUCAUAAUAUUAUUUAUAAUUAUUUGAUGAUUUUGAAAUUAAAGUAAGGGCCACAUUAAAAUCUACCGUGAGCAGCGAGUAGGUCACCCUAUUGUAGAUACCUACACAAAAAACCACCUAGUUUUUUAUUUAAUUUUUUUUAAACCUAUAAAUAGGUAUUAUUUAUUUAUAACUGUACAUAAAUAUCAAAAUAUGUUUCAAUUUUAAUUUUAAUGAAAGUAUAAAUAAAUGUACGGAAAAUAGUUAUUAUAUUAAGUAUAAUUAUAAUUUAUAACAAAUAUGAAUAAAAAACAAAAAAAGGCAUUAAUGUGGCAGGUGAUCAGUAGUAAAGUGAUUUGCAAAUUUAAAACUAGUGAUCUAUGUACAAAUGCAAAUAUUAUCAAUUUUGCAUAUUAUAGAAAUAUAUUGUAUUUGUAUUGAAUCAUAUAGGUACGUUUUAAUAGGUAUUUUAUGAGUUAUUUUCAUACUUAUUAAUUAAUCAUUUUUAAUUUUCAUCUAACAACCAAAAAUUAAAAAAACAAUUUAAUUAUUAAAAACUUCAAUAAAAUAUCUUGUGGGUUAACUUAUCUCUACCAUGCUUCACUAAGAUAAUGAUGUAGAAGUUCAGAUGCUGUUUCCUCCAUUUUUGGAAGUAUUUUCAUUUUAAGAUGUACUAAAGUACAUUUAAUUGUCUGGAUGUUAGCUCUUGUUUGUGGAUUGACAUAAUUUUAGAUUCUGAAUAAAAUGAGGAAUAUAUUGGUUUUAUUGUAUUUAUUUAUAUUUACUUAGUAUAAUGUAUGGUAGACACCUUCUAUAUAAAUGAUUUAUUGAAAAUCUUAUACUUUUAUUUAUUUUUUUCAAUUUCCAUAGGUUUGGAAUGAUAAGCAUAGAGCUGAACUGGUUGAAGAAGCAUUGAAGAAUACUUUAAAUGAUUUAAGUUUAAGUUAUAUAGAUUUAUACCUUAUACAUUGGCCCUUUGCAACAAGUGUAAAUACAUUUCAAAAUAGAGAAUAUGAAAAUUACAAUUAACAUUUAAAUAAUCAUAAUAUCACUUUUAUAUACUUUAGGAAGAUCCAAAUGCUACAGACAGUGAAGGACGGUUAUUAGGAUCUGGUAUCUCAUAUUUGGAAACAUGGAAAGCUAUGGAACGGUGUGUCCAAAAUGGACUUACAAAAUCAAUUGGAGUAUCAAAUUUCAAUAUUAGACAGUUAAAAGACAUUUUAAAAAUAGCAACUAUUAAACCAGUUGUUAACCAGGUAAAAUAGUAUAAAACAUUUAAGUUAUAAAUAAAUAUAUUUUAUUUAAUGUGCUGUGAUAAAAUUAAAUGUAUAUAAUUUAUUGCAUUACUGUUAAUAUUCAUUAACAAUAUAAAUUGAUAGAUGUUGACUUGCACUUAUUUAUGUCAGUUUGUUUAAAUUAUUUUGGGUGCUGGUCUAAUUGACCCCCUGCCCUGAAAGUAUUCCCCCGCCACUCCAGUUUAAUUGAUACCCGCCCUUUUAAAUCUCCAGUGUAUUCUAUGUUCUAAACUGUAUACAGUAUAAUGGUCUAUCUACCAUAAGACAUUCAUUAUCUCAGAAAAUAUUAAUUUUUUUAAUAUUUAUUUUUAGUUGUAAAACCAUGUGUACUGAAAUUUUUGAUUUUCAUCAAUUCGUUGACGAGAUAUUCCAUUUUUAAGUUUUGGUAAGGACAGAGCAGUGGUACAUUAUUAAAACACUGUGUGCCACCACUACUCUCCCCCGAUCUAAACUUAGAAGUAGAAUAUCUUGUCAACGGCAUGACAGAAAUCAAAAAUUUAAACACUCAAAUUUAUUUUACUUUAAAAAUUCCAUCCAAGUGUCUUAUGAUGGAUUGAUCACCCCCUAUACUGCAGAUAAAAAGAUAUGAAAAUUGUUCACUUAUUAGAUAUUUUAAGAAUAAUGUUUGAUAAAAUCUGUAUAGUAAAAUUAAAGAUACUAGAUAGGUAUAACAGCAGUUAGGUACUAUGUAUAAUACUAUGGAGUUCUUACCUCAAUUAUUUAGUUGUCAUUGUUGAAAAUACCGUAGUAAGAAAUAAUAUAAAUUUCUAACAAAUUUUUAGUGACAUGAAGAAUGAUUCAUCAAAAAUAAUUUUUUCACAAAACGAAAAUAUUCAUAAGACUAGUACUUGUGACAGUGGACACUGAAUGAUUUUAGAUGUACAAAGGGUCAGUGGCAAUGUCAUAUAAGAUCAUGUCGAGCAGAAAAAAGUGUAAAGACCAAUAAUCAGAUACAAAGUGCUGAGCUAUAGUUACUAAGUAUAGUUCACUUCAUUUAUGGUUGGGUUCAUGAACAUUAGUUCAUUAGUGAAUUUUUGUAAAUGCAAAUUUGGAAUGAGCAAAUUAUUGGAAUAACUUUUUUUAGAUUAUGUGUAUAGAAACUUUCUCAGGUUGAUUCAAAAAUAGGAGGUACUGGUUACAUUGUUGAGAUUGAUGAGAGUUUAUUUGUCAGGGGGAAAAAUAAUGCAGGUCAAAUACUGCCGCAACAAUGAGUAUUUGGUGGUAUAUGAGUUGGAUCAACCAUUUUAUCUGAUUCCUGGCGAGUUUAUAAUAAUAUUCAACAAAUCACCGGCCUUUAUAAUCACAAAUAUAGCUUUAUGGAUCCUACAUGUAGCUCUCACGCAGAAUGUUGAGAGGAUAUAGGAAAGUGUUAAAUGGGAAACAAGAAACAAAGAGGGACUAAGGGAAACUUUCUAGAUUCUUAUUUGGUAGAGUUUAUGUGGCAAAGUUAAUUAAACAGAUGCAAUCCAUUUAAUGAAUCACUGAAGGACAGCAGUAUUUUGGCCAUCUGCAUAAUUUAUGAUAAAAUAUGUAUUUUUUUUUCUAUUGAAUUUUUUACUUUUUUACGAUUCAAUUAUAUAUAUGUAUAAUUUAUCUAUUUUUAUUUGAAUUACUUAAAUUUUUAGUUUAAUUGUAUAAUCUAUAUAUUAUGUACAGUGUGAUAAAUGCUUUAAAUAGUUUUCAUACUUUUUUUGUACAUUUUUAAAUACGAGAUAAUGCAUAUAAUUAUUAAAACAUCAAAAACAUGGGAGAUGUAAAUGGCCGGCAUCUACUAAACCUGAGUGGUUGGGGUCAAUUAAACUAGUACCUUAUUUUGUUAUGAAGUAUUAUUUAGUUAUUUCAAAAAAUGUUUUUAUUCUAGGUAGAAUGCCAUCCUUAUUUAACACAAAAGAAACUUAAAGAAUUUUGUGACAGUGAGAAAAUAUUUUUAACUGCAUAUGGUCCAUUAGGAUCACCCAAAAGAUCAUGGGCAACACCAGAUGAAAGUGUUAUUUUAGAUGAACCUCUUGUAAAACAAAUAGGUGAUAAAUACAACAAAACUAGCCCUCAAAUUUUAAUAAAGUUCCAGGUAAUAACAUUAUUUUAUAUUUAAAUGUAUUUUUAGAAAUGUAAAUUAUAUUUAAAAAUUUAGAUCCAAAGGGGUAUUAUAGUCAUACCAAAAUCAUCUAAUCCGGAAAGGCAGAAAGAAAAUUUUGAUGUCUGGGAUUUUGAAUUAAGCCAGGAAGAUAUUGAUUUACUUGAAUCCCUAAAUAGAAAUAUUCGUUAUUUUCAAUUUACCACGUAAGUAAAAAAUAUAAAUAUUUUUAAUAACAAAUAUUUAUGAAUACCUAUUGUUUUGUAGAGCCAAGCAUUUGAAAGACUACCCAUUUUUUGAUGAGGCUUAAUUUGAAUAUGAAGAGAAAAUCAACAACUAAAAACUUUAUUACAUUACUCUUAAUAAACAUUUUAUAACAUUUAAUUUAACUUUUGGCUUAAACAAUGGUCUAAUAUGUUAAACAAAUUAUUCUUAUAAAUUAAUGUGACAAUAAUUGUGUUCAUACUUAAGUAUCACCAAAUAGUACAUAUUAUUUUAUAAUAAAUUGUUAACUAUUUUUCAUUAAAAUAUAGUUUAAAUAUUGCACCAAUAAUAAUUUUGAGUGUGCUUUUUAAUUAUUAGAUGAAAAUAUUAUUAAAAUAGAAGGUAGUACAUGAAUAGUGGUAUAGUAUUUGAUCAUACACAAAUAAUAUAUUUUUUUAAUAAUAAAAGAAAAUUACUACUUUUAAUUAAAUAUGAUGUCUUAUAAAAAUAAACUAUAUCUCAGUGCUUCCUUUA